UUCAGAAGGAGUGGGAUGCGAUGGGCGUCACGUGACUGCAGCACAUCACCUCACCUCCUCCUCCACACACUCAGUGUAAACACCGCUUUGUCUCUGAGCCUGUGGCUGCAGCUCUGCACUCGCCAUGCCAUGGAUGCUUUAUGGCAAUACCAGUUCAGGAUCAUUUUACUGGGGGACUCGACGGUGGGCAAAUCAUCUCUGCUCAAGAGGUUCACGGAUGGCGUCUACAGCGACGUCGCGGACCCCACGGUCGGCGUGGACUUCUACGCCCGCUCUCUAGACAUAGAGCCUGGGGUUAAAAUCAAGCUACAGCUAUGGGACACAGCCGGACAGGAGAGAUUCAGGUCCAUCACUACUUCGUACUAUCGCAACUCUGUGGGCGGCCUCUUAGUCUUCGACCUGACGAACAGGAAGACCUUCGAUCACGUGCGGGAGUGGCACCGAGAGGUCAGAGAGCACAUCCUGCCUCAUCACAUGGUCUACAUCCUAAUCGGCCACAAGAGCGACCUGAACCGCGACCGCAAGGUGACUCGGGACGAGGCCGAGCAGCUGGCGGACGAACUUGGCAUCCGCUACGUGGAGACUUCGGCCAAGUGCAACAGCAACGUGGAGCGUGCUUUCGAGCUGCUCACACGGGACAUCUAUGAGCUGAUGAAGAUGGGCGAGAUCUCCACUCGCGACGGAUGGGACGGGGUCAAGAGCGGCCUCACCCCUAAAGUUCUGUACCCGGCCGAGGAGGAGGCGGAGCGAGAAAAGAGCUGCAACUGCUGACUCCCACAAGCCACCUGCAAUCGCUCACCUGUGUAUCAGUCGGUCGUCGCUUUCACUAACUUGUCUCAUCAUGAUCACUGCCUCAGGCCUGGACCGCUGCGCUUACCUUGCUGUCGCUGUCUGAGGCUGAUGGUACAAGCCUCUCAAAGGUGUAGUAUAUUUGGGCUUGAAUGGACUAAAUUGUUGGAGAUCACAUCAUGUUCUGAAGUUUGCACCAAUCUUGUGGAUAAAGUGCAGAUAAAGGAUUUUAGAGUGUAGUUGUACUUCACAUCCUCUGGAGCUUAUAUGGUUUAUUUGGCUUGCUCCUUUCCCUUAAACCGCUAUUACUAUAGUACAGUUAACAUUUAGAGAGAACAUAUCAUAAUUGCAGUCUUAUCUACACUUAAAUACUUCAAAGACCCUAUCAUAUGGCUUGACUACAUGGUUUUCUUUCCUGUGUUGACAUUUCUUAUUGACACAGGAAGUUGUAGACGGACAAAUGAAUUGUCCUUAAAAAAAACCUAUGUCCAAUAGACAUUAGUUUGUGUCGGUGUCAUGAGCCAUGCUACUUUCUGUUGCUAGUCAGUGGCUGGUGGUAUUAGGAGAAGGACAUCUGAGAGCAUGAUCUUUUCCCAGUAGCAAAAUAUUGUAAAGUGUGUGUAUUUAAUAGGUUUUUAGGACUACACAUAGCACAUAAAUGCCAUCUAUAUUCAUAAGAGCCAUGGACUGAAAGCCACAAAACUCUUUAAAUAAGACGAACAUGUAAAAGUGAAAACUGGCUGGUAGACACAAUUUAUUGGUAAAAAGGCAAGACUAAGGGGCCGUUCACACAGAAUGCAUUUUACCAUUCCAAUGUGCUACUUUUCUAUCGUGUUUCUAUGUAAACACACGCUAAACAGUCAUGUAUGACCAUUGCGCUUGCUUCUUUUACACUGCCUCGCUUGAGCGCUGAGUUUUAAAACUCUGUGUCAAGUAAAAAGUAUUUCAGUUUUUAAACAGCACUGUUCGUCAAUGUCAGUUCCAAAACAGUGGACCAAUCAGAAGCCCCCGGAGGCGGAGCAAGCGUUAUGAGCUUUUGUGUACAGUAGCAAGUUGGCAUGGCAAUUUCUUAUCAGAACCUGUUUCUUAAAAUAAAAAAAUCCUUAUUACAUCACAUCUCAAAAGCGCGUCUCAAGACCCUUGCGUUCUCUGCUGUUUUAUUUAUUUAUUUUUUAUUUCAAACCAUUCUAGUGUUUUUAAAUGCAAAGACACAUUCUCUAUGAAUGCCCCCCCAAGGUGGUUUUUACAUGACACUGUUAUUAUCAACUAAAAAUGGAAAACAUUUUAUUCAUUUGGGUUUGAAAACAUAUUUGAAAAAAGUGUUUCAAAGUGUACGUUUUUUGGAAACAAUAGCAUUGUUGUCUCCAUGUAAACUGUAAAAAUUCACAUUUUAAAAAAUGAUGACAUCCAAUGUUGCCAGAUUGGAAAUGUCCAAGUAUCGUACCAGAAGCUCAAAAUAAUCAUAUU